AUGGGACACACUAUCUGCACCUACUUGUGGCCUCUCGACGCUAGACUUGAGGAUGUCCCAGUCCACCUUUUGGCUAUCUGGGUUCAGGCUCACGGCCUCCCUCGGGGCCAGAUGACUCUAGCCAAUGCUCAUACUCUGGGAGCAGUUGCAGGUACAGUUCUUAAUGUUGAAAAUCCUAAUUCUGUCAAUGGAUGGAGGGGUUUCCUUCGAAUCCGGGUGAACAUCAACACACAAAAUCAGGUGGCCCCGGGGGUGUGGAUCAGAUGCGACUCCAGCCCUCCACUCUGGAUUGAGUUCAGAUAUGAAAGAAUCUCUCUACUCUGCUACAACUGUGGCCGACUCAGUCACAGUGAACGUUUCUGCAAUCACGCUCGAUCCUCAAGAGCUGAGCGAUUGGGAGUGUGGAUGAUAACGCCGGCUGCUAGACGGCUGACUUCGGGCACCCAAUCUGUUGGGGAUCGGGGAUGGGAUCGCUUCCAUGGACAGUGUUUCCAAGCCAGGCAAAGCAACCAACAUUACUCCUCCUCAUACUCGAUUCCCCAUCCCCUGAUCCAAGCCCCUAAACAAUUUUUCAACACCAACCAGCCUCUUCGUCGAUCUACCUUGUGA